UUGUUUCUUAAGUCACGUGAAUCGAAUACGACGCGAAAUGAUACGUUUGUGUAAUGAGGACAUUUAAGUUACGCCCCACGGACGUCAUGGGAGACGAUUAAGAGAGAGUGAAAGGGACAUGACCCCGCCAAAGCCUCGUACGGAUAAACUAAUAGUUGUCCCCAAACUAUCGUAGUGUAUGUAAGUGGUCGUCGGCGCGUUGCAAAUGUGGCAGUAAAGAGAUCGUUUGGCCGAAGUGUAUCUGUUUUCCGAGUGAUUUCUCCUCGUGUCGAAGGAGUUGUUUAGGUGAUAGGCAUGUGAAAGUGUUGUGAAAUUAGUGAGAUUGUGUGUUGAAGUUGCAGUAAUCUUAAAAUAAUCUCGGUGUUUGGGUUAUCCCCGAAGAAAGGAGUAAAGAAACUCAACAAGUGUUCAAAACUGGCGAACGAGGAGCGCUCAACGCACAUUCAGAGACCAUGACGUUCACGGCUUCUGGUCCCUAUCUUGCCCUGGCCCUCGUUUUGGUUGUUCAAGGAGUGACGGAGGGCAUCAGAGUCACGAAAGUACAGGUCCCGGAGUCGUUGGUCGUCGGAGACAGCGCCUGGCUCGACUGCGGCUUCGAGGAGGAGGACGACCACGUCUACACCCUCAAGUGGUACCUGGGCCUCCACGAGUUCUACCGGUGGACGCCGGCGGAGAUCCAUGAGGACAAGAUCUUCCCGCUGCCCUCCGCCUUCGAGAUCGACCUUGAGAAUUCCCGGCGGGGCCGCGUCCGGGUCCUCAACGUCACCCUCGCCGCCACCGGGAACUUCCGCUGCGAGAUCUCCGGCGAGGCGCCCUUCUUCAGGACGUCCUUCGGCACCGCCACCAUGACGGUCGUGGAUCCGCCUGAUUCCAAACCGGCUAUCACGGGAAUAAAGAAACAAUACAGACUGCGAGAUUUCGUAGAUGUCAACUGCACCUCCAUAAAUGCCAAACCUGCACCGGAAAUCACGUUUUAUAUCGACAACGAACUGGCCGAGCCAGCGUGGGUCAUGACCUACCCGGCGGUGAACGACACGAACGGCCUGAUGAACGUGACCAAAGGGCUGAAAUUCGAGCUGCACCCGAACAUCAAAACGAACGGCAAGAUGCAGCUGAAAUGCACCUCGGCCUCCCACCUCUACUGGCAGAGCACAGACAAAGUAAUCAAUAUCGACCUCCCCUACUAUUACCCGGUCACGAGCGAUGUCCUACAGGAAGAUUACCCACCAUCGGAAAACGGAGCGCCUCCCACCGAGUCCAAACUACGGUGGACUUUCACUUCGAUUUGCUUCGUCUGUCUGUCAGCCUAUAUUAGGUAGUCACUCCUGUAAAUAGUUAGUUGAUAGUUGAAAGGUUUCUUUCAUUAGGUUUCAUAGGUUUCAUUCUCAGAGGCACCUCCUAUUCCCUCUCCCCGGCCUGUUUUUAUGUGUAAAAUAUAUCAUAUAGCCCAGUUCACCAACACUUCUUUUCUACUGUAUGAAAUCCUUUGGGAUGCGUUUAGGAUAUGUCAGUAUACAGCCAGUAUAAGAUGUACGUGUGUUUUAUGUAUAUAGCUACAAUGUGUACGUUAGUGACCUGAAAAGUGUUUCAAUAUAUAUAUAUCAGUGAAUACUAGUUAUGUCCUGUGUCCUCACGCGAGAGAUAUUCAAGCUGGUACAAAAAGAAAAAGCAAGAGUUAUUUUAAUUUUAGGUAUGGUUG